CCCAAAUUUUUCCUUCCUUUUUUCCCCUUUUUGUUCCCCGAAAGGUAUAGUAUACCAUCCCCACCCGUUCACCGCAUGACCGUUUUGCAAGUUCCGCUGCAAGGAACAUUUCCGCCAGCAGAGUAGAGGGCAACCCUUCCCAUUUUGUGAAGUUGAUGGCAAUACGUCGUCCAUGCGUCGCGCCCCUUCAUUUUUGUAAAUCCGCAUAUUUUCCCCUAUCCCUUUUUAAUUCUAUUUUAUUUUAUUUUAUUUUGGGACUUCAUCUUAAACCGACCGCUUGGGGUGAGCACCCUUUUCUUAUUUUGCCAUUUUAACGUUUUACCAUUUUAACGUUUUACCAUUUUAUCAUUUUAACGUUUUACCGUUUUGCCAUUUUACCAUUUUACCACUUUACCGUUUUGUCAUUUUUUUUUUUUCGUGCUUUGAUAUAACGUACAAUUUUUCCCUUCUGCUGCCAUGCGCAUGUGUGUUUAUAGGCACAUGAGCGUACAUGUAAUGGCUACACGUAUAUGCAUAUGUAUGUUUACACAAGUCGCGGCAAACGUGCAAUCAGCACAUAUAGGCACAUGUAUGUACGUGUUGGGGCGGCAUUGUAACAUGCCAUGAGAAAGAUAACGUCGUUGUUGUUGCGUAGCUCCCACGUUUCGUCAUUAUCGCUGGCAGAUAAGAUAAGAGGGAACAAUUUUUUUCUUUUUUUUUUUUUUCAUAAAAAUAUUCACCCCCGCAUGAUGUUCUGAAUGUGCGCGUAAAAACACAAGAGGGAGUCACCACAAGGUGAAGAAAUGUGCCAUUGUAAACAGGCGCAAACAUGCCGUACCUUUUUGCACAUAUAACUGUAUAUCGCACGCAUGCACGUUUAUUUUUGUACACAUAGGAUUGGCUGUAUGUGAGCGUGAAACGGCGGGCGCUCUUCAGUCAUGCGAUUUUCCCCUUUUUCCCGCACUCGCACUCGGUCGAAUCGCGUGUGUAUAUACAUGCAAACGUAGAGGCACGCGUGCGUAUAUAUAUAUAUAAACGUGCCCAACUUCCUUCGUGCGAACGGCGCAUUUCAUUACCCAUGAUGAAUCCCAACGAGGGAUCCGAGGAAAAGGCAGCCCAAAAGGGCUCGCAGGGGGGUACACCAAAGGGGGCCCAAACGGGGGAGCAGAAGAACGCAUCGAAGGAAGCCCAAACGGGUGAAAAGGAAAACACACCGAAAGGGAACCCAUCAGGUUUACAGAAAACGGAGGAGAGGAGGCCCUCCCAAGGUGACCCCAAACAGGACAACGCGGACGCGAACCAAGAAGACACGCAGAAAAACGUAAAGGAUUACAAUAACAUUAAUGACAUCAUCAGCUACAUUAUUAAAGUGGGUGUGUGGGAAAUGUACACGUACGAGUGGCUAAUGAAUAGGAAAACCUUCCUUUACUACAAUACGUACGUAGAGAAUUAUUUUUUUUACGACAAAAACAACAAUUUGACGCCGUUUAAUGAGAGGUACUUUUUUUUAUAUGUACUUACAUUUGAUAACACCGAUUUUGUAGCUAGCUUUUUUUUUAAAAAAAAUGAAAAAAAAAAAAAAAAAAAAAAAAUUAAGCUGAGCAGUUACACAAAAACCAUGCAAGGGAGGAGAAAAAAACAGGAAGAUCGCUACACAGUCAUUAACGAUAUGACCAAGUAUAUAGAUGCUUAUGAUUACAAAACUUUAUUUUUUUACAAAAGAAAUCCAUUUUAUUGCUUUUCCGUAAUUGAUGGGCAUAGAGGUAUAAAGGCGUGCGAAUAUUGUAUGACCCACAUAGUGAAGAAUAUUAUUUACUACUUUUAUAACCAAGACAAUGUCAGAGAGGAUGAAUUUAAACUUGGCUCCUCGUCUGCCACAAAGGAUAGUAAGCAGGAUCCCUCUGAUGGUCCAAGUUGCGCGGAGAAAGGCGCUACGCACAAAAGGGAGGUUCAAGGCACGGCGGCCAAAGGACACACCCAGGAAGAAAGCCAAAAGGGUGAAAAUAAAAACCGUGAUGACAGCAGCUCCACGAGUUUCUCCCGCGAGGACUCUUCCACAGGGGAUGAUAAGAAAGGCUCGCCAUCACGGAGCAUCACACAAGAGAGCGAAAAGGAGGAAGGUAGAAGCAAGGACAAACGUAUGAUGGCAAAGGAACAAACUUCAAAAAGUAAGAAGAGAAAAAUAGACAGCAGCGACAUUACAGAAAGUGAAGAAAACCCAUCGCAGAGAGAAAGCGAAGAUGACGACGAGAAGCGUAGCGGAGAGAGCGUAAGCGCCGAUUCGGAUGAAAGCUCCUCGGAAGAAAAGGACCAGUGCACCCGUACCUCCAUAAUGGAGGAUAGGGCAAAAUCAAAGAGUGCCAACGCGAGCGGGAGUGAGCAGAAAAAACUUGUAUUUUUAGAGGACCUCACAGAUGAAGAAAUUAUAAAUUGUAUAAAACUGGCCUUCUUAAGGACAGACGAACAGUUCCUCAAAGUUUCGAAAUUCCCGAACCAUGGCUGCACGGUGGUUUCCCUCAUCAUCAUAAAGAACAAGAUGUUUAUUGCCAACCUGGGGGACUGCCGGGCGAUAGGCAUCGUCAACGUGAACGACACAUUGAAACCUGAAAUGCUGUCGCAAGACCAUAAACCCAAUGAGCCCAAGGAAAGGGAGCGGGUAAAAAAAAUGGGAGGCGAAGUCAUCUGCAUGCAGAACGUGUUUCGAGUUAAGGCCAACGCGAAGAAGACCACCUCGGACCCUUCCAGUUUGCUGGAUCGCUUGCCAAUGAAGGAGGAAGUUUACCUUGCGAUUUCCAGAGCCAUAGGAGACAAAGACUUCAAAGAAAACAACGUCGUGUCGGCCCUACCAGAUGUCAUAUGCAGAGAGCUGUGCGACGCGGACAAAGGUGACAAGGAAUUGGAAAAGGAAAAUGUUGAAGAACCCGACUCGACGGUAAAAGUCAAAGUGGAAGAAGAUUAUUUCAAAGAAGAUGAGCCUUUUUUUUUUUCCGCGGAUGAGAUGAAUUACCUGUUUGUUGUUUUGGCUUGUGAUGGAGUGUGGGACACCCUGUCCAAUAAGGACGUGGCCCAGAUUUUGCAAACCUACCAGCACGACCCGGACAAGGCCUGCAGCGAAAUUAUAAAAACGGCGUUUGCCUGCGGAAGUCAGGAUAACAUAACCGCCAUUGUGUUGAAAUUUUUCUGAGUUGGGAGGAACUGGGCUGGAGUUUUCUUUUGGGUGAAAUGGUCGCCCUGUGAGCUGAAGGGAGGUACCUUCGAAAGUUUUGUACAAGCCGGUGUGCUGCGCUGUGUUUCCCUUUUCCCCUUUCGAAGGGGAAGACGGCAGCAGAAGUGAGGGCGAACAUAUUGGGAUGCUACAAGAAGGAACAGAAGGGGGAGCAACAGUCGUGGAUAAACUAUUGGGGGAUCGCCAACCCUUUUAUUAACCACGAAGUUGCGCAAUUGAAAUCUGGUGUCCCUUUUUUUUUUUUUGCUUUUGGAAAAUUAUGUAAAGGAGAAACCUAACAGAUGGGAAUUUAUUUC